UACACGUAAAUAUGAAAGUAUUGUAAUGCUGUUAUAUUUUAAUAAUGUUACAUUACGUUAUAUACAAAUAGGAACAAUCAUUUAUGUCACAAAACAAAACAAACAAAUAAUAGUCUGUUAAUCGAAAAAAAGAGGCUUAAAAUUUCUUUAGAUUUCAGGGUACCACUCACCCAAUUUUAUUUAAUGCACUGUAUAUAGUAUAAAUGCUAUUUAGGUUGUUUCUGAAUGACAAUCAGAUAUAGAAAUAUUUCAUAUCUAAAUCUUGCAUAUUUAUAGAGUUGGUCGGGAAUCUACCUCGAGGAGAUGUCUGUUUCUCUGUAUAGAAACUUUAUAGAGCUACAGAAGCAGUGUGUCUCUCUCUCUCUUUCCGACUCAAUUCUCUCCAUUUAUCUGUCUUGUAUACAGCAGCGGGGGGCGUAACCAGCAUGUAACUGAUUACUAGACAAACCAACAAUAUAGGAGCGCACAUAUACGCACCUCCGGAGUGAUUUUCCUGGAAUGACACGUUACAAACCCGGAACGAUGGACAUAAUGAACGAGGAGCAGAUGGAGAACGGACUGGACUCCGACGACGAUCUUCAGCCCGAGGAGAUACCCGAGUACCUAAAAGACAGGAGGAGAGCCAAGUCCUUACCUGCGUAUCCGGAGCAGGCGAGCCUGUACCACCAGAUCUCCCAGAACUGCAGGAAGCGCGUGAAGUUCGCCGACGCGCUCGGCUUGAAUCUGGCGAGCGUCAAGCACUUCAGCACCAGCGACGACCCGCAGAUUCCGGCCAAGGUCUUCACCAGGCUGAAGAGCUUCCCUCUCCACAAGGAGCGGGAGUUCAUGGACGACUUGUGCGUGAACAUCAAGUCCUCUCUGGCUCUGGACUAUCUGGUCCCGGCGUUCAAGACGCCCGUGGACACCGUUGACCUGGAGACGCGGCUGACGCGCUGCGGCGUCGCGCUGGAAAGCGUCACGGUCACGCAGUUCGAUGUCCGUGGGAUCAUACGGGCGGCGGGUGGGAGAGAGGUCGGGGUCAGGUAUACUUUCAACGACUGGCUGUCGUUCGUGGACGCGCAAGCCAUCCCUGCGCCCACAGAGCAGAAGACGCGCGGAGAGCGCUUCUCCUUCACCAUGUACACGCCUCCUUUCUUGGGUCCGAGCGCUGCUGUGCAUUUCGCCGUCUACAUGAGGGAGGACGACUCCGAGUCCUGGGACAACAACGAUGGGCUGAACUACUCCCUGAAGUACCACAGCUCGUCGUCCGGCGAGACCGCGGCUUUCCACGCGCAGUCCUGAUAGAGGUCAGCAGCAGGCUAAAUCAAUACCGAACAGAGAUGCGGUCUGAACAAGAUGAACAAGGACACAUCCAUCACCGGCGCUGCAGGACGGUACAAACUGAUCACACCGUCCGAGACUAAGCCUGAUCAGUACCUGGGGAAGACAUGCUGUUGGAAACGUCUUGUAGAAAGUAAUGGUUGAACAAUGAGAGUUUUUCCUUCUCUAACACUGGUACCAGUAACAGAGAGAGCGGAUGAAGCCCGUCGUCAGGAAUCAGACGAGGCAUCGGAUACCGAUAAUGAAGAUACGAAGAAUAACUAACAACAGAAAUUGCAAAACUGAAAUGCUGAAAUUAAAUCCCUUAAAAUUCACAAAAUAAACAUUGAAUAUUGUGAACCAGUUUCUGCUUUCAGACCAUUGUUGAAUAUGCUAAAAGUUAAAUACUUAAAAUUUAGCAAUGGGGUCCAAAAUUCAAAGAGAGGCAACAUAAGAAAAAAAAUUAAAAUA